AAGGAACAAAGAUGGACACAGAUAAGAAAAGAGGUUUCCUCUGUGUAAUAGGAGGCACCAUUAUGCACUUGUAUCUUGGAUGCUUCUACUUAUGGGGAAAUAUUCAGGUUUAUAUCACUUCUUACUUACACAAACAUGAUCCGAGUAUCACUCUUGGUGAUACGAGUAUUGUGUUUCCAAUCCAAACAAUUACUCAAUCAUUAUGAAUGCCUAUUGGACCUCUGAUGAUGGAGUACUUGCCACCUUGGUGAGCAUGAUUCAUUGGAGGUGUUAUAGGAAUUGGAGGAGUGUUCUUAUCCUCAUAUGUGACUAAUCUCUAUGCAUUCAUAUUUUUAUAUCCAGUUCUUUUUGGAAUCGCUAUUGGAUUCUCCUACAUGGUUCCUGUAGUGUGAGGCUGGGAGUAUUUCCCUCAAUGGAAAGGAGCAGUAAGUGGAGUUAUAGUAGCUGGCUUUGGCUUUGGAUCCUUCAUUUUUGGGUUUGUAUCUAUUGCUAUUGCCAACCCAGAUGGAGAGCAAGCUGAUCUCAAAGUUGAAGGUGGGAAUAUUUUCAGUCCUGAAAGUCCAGUUUCUUCCAAUGCACCAAGAAUGCUUAGAAUUAACUGAAUCAUAUGGUCUUUACUCUUACUCACCUCACUAUUUAUGAUAAAAAAGAACAAGAAAGGAAAUUUUUCCACCCAGACUCCAAAUCUAAACAAUAACAAGUCUAUCUCAAACCAAAAUGCAGUUACCGCACCACCCAUAUCCCUCAAAUCUCCAAAAUCCCCUUCAAAACAACCCCUAAGCACUCCUAGUGCUUAUAUCUCUAAGCCCAGUCCUUCCCUAACCUCAGAUCUUAAAGAGCCAACUCUUGUAGAAGCUUUCAAGGAUUACAGAGCUUAUUACAUCUGGCUGAUAAUCCUUUUAUCUUCAAGCUAUCCUUACUUUAUUGCUAGUAACUUCAAAACUUAUGAACAAGUUGACAUACAUGAUGAUAGAUUUAUUACUCUUGUAGGAGCCCUCGGAGCUGUUGUCAAUGGCUUAUCACGAGGAUUCUGGGCAACAUUGCAAGACUUCUUUGGGUUCAAAAGAGUAUUUACAUGACUAUUGGUUCUUGAGAUUACGAUAGCUUUUACUUUUGUAGCAGUACAUAAAGUUAAAUUUUUGUAUCUCAUAUGGGUUUUGAUUUCUUUUUCAACUCUUGGAGGUCACUUCUCAAUGAUCCCAACACUUUGAGCAAAGAUAUUUGGUCCAAACACUGGAGGAAAAAUAUUUGGAUUUAUUUUCACUGGUUUUGGAUCUGCAACUCUUAUUGGUUGGUUCCUAACAAAAGCAGUAUCUCAUGACAAAAUCAGCUAUGAUAGCUUGUUCUACAUUCUUGGUUUUAUGGCUGGGAUAGCCUUGGUUAUGGUAUUCUUUCUUAAAGAUAAUACCAUAGUCCAAAAGAUAUCUUCAAAUUCUAGGCUAAGUCAUGAAAAGGAAGGAAUAGAGCUGACCCAGAGGCUCUUAAGCUAAUAUUGAUAUCUCUUGUUCCUAAAUUCAA